UCGCCGGUGGCUCGCGGAGGCCUGCGGCCUGACCGAGGAGUGAGCGCGAGGCCUUGCCUUAGCUGGAGAAAAUAGAUACUCUAUAUCGGUCUUUUUGCCGGUACACGAGGCGACGGCGUUUGAGAGCUGGCGCCGCUUCCGCUGGCGCCUUUCGCGCCCGCGCUCGGCUCGCGUAACCUCGUAACUUUUUUUGCACGCGAAGUGUGUUAAGAAACCAGCAGAGAAGCGCCCUCUUCUUCCCGCCCUCUCUCUCUCUCCCUUCUCGUCCACUCUUCCCUUCAAUGGGGCCUCUGUGGCCGCCCAAGUAAACCUGGUUAUUUCGCCUCCUAGGCUGGAGGUGACGGCACCCCGGCUUGGGCAUUUCGGCUCUUCCUUCUCUUCGAGGCGCUUGGCUGUUUUUGUAUCUGAGGCCCAAAAAAGCCCCUCCUUUCGGGUCUUUAGCCUAGUGUACUGUUAUUUUUCUGUAUUUUGUAAGGAAAUUAACUGUGCAGAGCGCCCCUUAAAAUCUGUAAGGAAUUCCCGGUUUUCAGUUUUUCCCCACCUCUUUUUAAAAUUCUUUUGAGCUGGUUCUUUGAUAGCAUACCAAGUUUGUCCAGCUUCAACUCUUCGAUCUUUCUGAAAAGAUUGUCUCUAAUUUAUGUCUCUGUAAUGCAAUCAUCUUACAUUUGGCAGGAAACCACUUCUAAUCCUCAAACUUCAGAAGAAGAAAAAACUGAGACAUCAUCAGCAAGUCAGGAGAUUGUCAGUCCUGAACCAUACAUCAAGCAUCCAUUACAAAACAGGUGGGCACUCUGGUUCUUUAAAAAUGACAAAAGUAAAACCUGGCAAGCAAAUCUUCGUCUGAUCUCAAAAUUUGAUACUGUUGAAGAUUUUUGGGCGUUAUAUAACCAUAUCCAGCUUUCUAGUAACUUAAUGCCUGGUUGUGACUACUCACUUUUUAAGGAUGGUAUUGAGCCUAUGUGGGAAGAUGAGAAAAAUAAACGAGGAGGACGAUGGCUAAUUACACUAAACAAGCAGCAGAGACGAAGUGACCUUGAUCGCUUCUGGCUAGAGACACUGCUGUGCCUUAUAGGAGAAUCCUUUGAUGACUACAGUGAUGAUGUAUGUGGAGCUGUUGUUAAUGUUAGAGCUAAAGGUGAUAAAAUAGCAAUAUGGACUACUGAAUGUGAAAACAGGGACGCUGUUACACAUAUAGGGAGAGUAUACAAGGAAAGGUUAGGACUUCCUCCAAAGAUAGCGAUUGGUUAUCAGUCCCAUGCUGACACAGCUACUAAGAGCGGCUCCACCACUAAAAAUAGAUUUGUUGUUUAAGAAGACACAUUCAGAGUGUUUCAUAGGAGACUGCGUCAAGCAAUCGAGAUUUGGGAGCUGAACCAAAGCCUCUAUAAAAGCAGAGUGGACUGCAUUUAAAUCUGAUUUCCAUCUAAAUGUUGCAAAAUUUGUGAGUCUCAUUUGCUUUUGUCUUGUACUUCUGUGUUUUCUUUUUCUCCCCAUUUUUGGCUGAGGUAACCUUUACUCAAUCAAAGAAUUUCAGUACAGCUUUUGCUCCCUGAAUUCAUAAAUGGUCCUUCAGUUCAUUCUGUGAUGCUUCUUAGGAAAGUACUUAGUAUAUUAAAAGAAUGCCCAGAAACAGUGCCAUUUCUGCAGGGGAAUAAACUACUACUUUUUUCACCUUUGCAUUGUAUGCAAUAACAUGUUUUGCUGGUUUGGAAGAAGAAUAUGAUGCAUACAUUUUCUAGCAAAUCUUUAUACAGCAUUAUCAUUGCUGUAACUGAUACUGAUGGCUGCUAGAUUUAAUUUAUUUGUUUCCCUUUCUGGUAACAUUAGUGAUAUUCUGAUUUCAUUUCUUGCUCAUUGUAACAUUGGUGAAGGAUCUGGGAAUAUGACAAAAGGUUUAAUAAACAUUAAUUUUGUGCAUUCUUUGGUAAUUAUUUUGUAACAUCAAAGCUUUGCUACAAGUUUCAUGCAUUUCAAGUCAAAUCAGUGAUAUGUUUGUGUGAUUUCCUGAACAUAAUUGUGGAUUUUAAAAAAUGUAACACCAUAAUUACAUUCCUUACUAGAAAUAGUAUUCCUGUUUUUUGUAUCUUAUGCUGUAUUUUAACACUUUGUAUUCCUUAGGUUAUGUUUGCUUUGGUUUAAGAGCGGCUCAAAGAGAAAAGCAGUCCCAUUCAUAUUAAGACAGUGUACAAAACUGUAAAUAAAAUGUGUACAGUGAAUUGUCUUUUAGACAAGUAGAUUUGUCCUUUUAUUUCAUUAUACUGAUGUGUUUUGUACUACUUCUGACAAGACAGUCUAUUGUGGCUUCUAUUGUAGUGUAUAUUCCAGAAGUUAACUCUUAACCUACAGCCGAAUUCAAGCUAUGCUAGGUUUUAAUAAAUCUUAGAUAGCAUUGUCUGGAAAUGGAAUUACAUUGCUGUGACUGUAUUUUAAAUGAAUAUGUUCACUUAACUGUUCAAUGUAUUACAUUGUUUCCAGGCCAGCAUUUUUGGAAAUUAACGUAACUGACCUGUCAGUGCCUCCACAGAAAACAAAUCUGGAACUAUUAAACAUGAGUGUAAGAAAAUGAACCAAUUAUGAGAAUUAUAGCAAAUGGCUUUCUGCUGCUGAAGGUAGUUAAGAGAAUAGCAGGUUGCUUUAAGUUGUCACCUAAAAGAGAUACAUGUAAGGUUAACAAGGCAGUCCCAAAAUAUAUAGGCCAUAAUAACUGGAUGCUGGAUGGCCUUCAAUUGAGUAGUAAAUUCAGAAAUCCUAGGAGGGUGUUUUAAUGGCCUAAAUCUGUCUUGGUCUGAAGAACAUUUACUAAGAUUGCUGCUGUCUCACUGUGACUUCCACUAUAUUGAGAUGGAUCUUCCCCCCCCCCUUUCUUUUUUAAUGGUAAAUGUCUUGAUAAUUGAAGAUUUGCCAAGGUUGUUGAUUUUGCCUUUUGGUUCCUGCAGGCUAUCUAGCAUGAACCCAAAUAGCAUUUGUAUAAAUACUAGUACUGUAAUCUUGCAGUUAACCCUUCCCCUAAUAAUAAAUUCAAUAGCUCUUGUAUUAAA